AUGACUUCUACAAGUAAAAAGCACUAUAAAAAGAGAAAUACCGACAGGCCGUCCUGUAUAUUCUCCCCUCUGCCCGCUCACGAGUACGAGCGUAGCUUAAAUCCAAAAGAACUUGACCGGUUUAACGAGCGAGUGCAGCGACUAGACAAACGGGUCUGGCGCAACUGCAACAGACGCAAUGUAUCCGAAUUCUGCUGGGAAGUCCACGCGUGGGAGGACGUAUUUGACCAAAUCCGAGAAGAAGACGCAUUUCGAAUGGACAAAAUCGACUACACAGCGCUUGAAAAAAACAAACACGGCGACUGGCAAAUAAUCAAGCGAACGCCAGACGCAACCCUCGGCUUCCAGCCCACCUACGGCGGCUUCGAGACCGAAGUCCAGAGCGCCAGAGGCUGGGUCCCCCUGUCCCGGAUCUGCGAAGUGACCCGGGUGCCGUUCGACCGGGACAGCGACGCGGGGAGUUUCGUGUUCCCCUUCGCCAUCUACGAAGCCAAGAAGAGCUACUCCUCCGACUUCGAGGCCGAAGCGCAGAUCGCGCAUGCGUGCGACCGGUACCUAGGACUGCUAGACAGCGUCGUCCGCGACCCCAGAGAUCCGACCAUGUACCAAUGGCGGACCAGCCGCGAAUAUCAGAUGUUUGCCUUUACAUCCUGCGCGUCCGAGUGGAGGGUCUACGUAGCUCGACGCUACGGCGAGUACCACAGACCAUCUGGGCAGGCGACGUAA